CCCAGGCCCAUUCGUACUUGUCAGAACAAGAAACCCUUGCUCUUUGUCUGACGUCUCCGGCUCCGGCUCCGCAGCCGAAGAAGCAGCCAUGGCCUUGGCCGCCGCCCUCGCCCGAGCCUCCACGCGCCUCCUCCGCGGCGGCAUCCCUCCAUCUGCCGCUUCUCCGGCGCUAUCAAGCCGCAGCCGCCCAUUCUGCACACUUCCCGCCGCCGCCGACGAGCCCUCCGCUCCUCCGGGGGCCGUGGAGGAGCCGUGGGAGGAGGCCGAGGCGGAGAUCCUCCGCGACGUCAAGCCCGUCGUCAAACUCGUCAAGGACAUCAUCCACUCCGGCAGAUAUGGAGAUGGUGGCUUUUUAAGUCCGGAUGACGAAAAGGUUAUAGUAGAAAAGGUUCUUGCUCACCACCCCCGAUCAGAAGACAAGAUUGGUUGUGGACUUGAUGCUAUUCUGGUUGACAAGCACCCUGAUUUCAGAAAGACCAGAUGCCUCUUCAUCGCUAGAACGAAUGGUGAUGUGGAGGAUUUUUCAUACCGCAAGUGUCUGAGGGCGUACGUCAAAAGGGCCUAUCCAUCCCAUGCAGAUAGGUUCAUAGAUAAACAUCUCGGACAGGAACGGCCAACACUUUUUCGUCCUCGAAAGUAGAAUAUUUUGCAUAAUGCUGCCUUUGGGAUUGGGGCUGGCACCAAAAUCUAAUAUUUCAUUGUCUCCUUAGUCCUCUAGUCUAUGUUUGAUAUGUCAGGUGAAAGACGUAUUUGUCCAGGUUACUUUAUGCAAUGUCCAGUUCUUCUUGUUGCUAAAUGAUCCGGGACAAAACUCGUAGAAGUGGUUAGAUUCAUACGUGCAUGUUUCCUGUGAUGUACUCCAUAUGGCGCCGACGAUUAAAAAUCAGUAUUGACCCUACAUAAGGACUCUUACAGUUUGUAGUCAGCUUAUUGCCAAAUUAGGCUGAGUUUGGAUGGAAUAAUUUGUUGCAUUUUCUCAA